AUGGGUAGUCCAGUGCACCGGGUGUCAAUGGGAGACCCCUGUAGCAGGCAAGUGCACCCUGACAUAGAGAGCGAGAGGUCUGUGCAGUCCUUCGAUGUGGAACGACUCACUAACAUCCUUGACAGAGGCGCCCAGAACACAGCGCUCAGAAGGAAAGUUGAAAGCAUCAUCCACAGCGACCCCGUGUUUAACCUCACAGACAAUUAUUUCAUGGCACAGAAAGAGCUUUAUGAGGCGGCCAUGCAGAAGAGAUUCCACAUGCAGAUGCUAGCGCAGCGCCUAGGCUGGCAAGAAGAUGGUUGUGAACUGGAGUACGCCUGCAGGGCGCUUUCCGGAAGUGUGGGCUUAGGCUUACGAACUGUCUUCAUGAAUGCCCUCAGGAGCCUGGGCUCAGAGGAGCAGAUUGCUAAAUGGAGCCCACUCUGCAGAAACUUCCAGAUCAUCACAACAUACGCCCAGACAGAACUGGGACACGGGACAUACCUUCAAGGCUUAGAGACUGAAGCCACCUACGACACAGCCACCCAGGACUUUGUGAUACACAGCCCCACAAUGACUGCCACCAAGUGGUGGCCUGGGGACCUGGGACAGUCGGCCACCCACGCACUGGUCCUGGCCCAGCUGAUCUGCUCGGGCCGGCGGGGCAUGCAUGCCUUUAUUGUGCCCAUCCGGAGCCUCCAGGACCACACCCCACUGCCAGGAAUCACCAUUGGGAACAUUGGGCCCAAGAUGGCCUUGAAUAAUGUAGACAACGGCUUCCUGCGACUGCACCACGUUCGAGUCCCCAGGGAAAACAUGCUGAGUCGCUUUGCACAGGUCUUGCCAGAUGGUACCUACAUGAGGUUCGGGACAGCACAGAGCAACUAUUUUGCCAUGGUAGUGACACGGGUGCAACUGGUAGCGAAAGAGAUCCUACCCAACCUGCAGAAGGCUUGUGUCAUUGCGAUGCGCUACUCAGUCAUCCGACGCCAAUCCCGGCUCCGGCCCAGUGACCCAGAGGUAAAAAUCCUGGACUACCAGACUCAGCAGCAGAAGCUCUUUCCUCAGCUGGCCAUGAGUUAUGCCUUCCAUUUCCUGGCAGUCAGCCUCUCAGAAUUCUUUGAGCUCUCCUAUGAUAGCAUUCUGAACAAAGAUUUCAGCCUCCUGCCUGAGCUCCAUGCACUGAGUACAGGUGCAAAGGCCAUGACAGCAGACUUCUGCACCCAGGGGGCCGAGCAAUGUCGCAGGGCCUGUGGAGGACAUGGCUACUCAGAGCUGAGUGGUCUGCCUUCACUGGUCACUAAAGUGACAGCCUCCUGCACCUAUGAGGGUGAGAAUACAGUGCUCUACCUGCAGGUGGCCAGGUUUCUGGCAAAAAGCUACCUGCAGGCUCAGAUGUCCCCAGGCUCCACACAGCAGAAAUCUCUCCCUCAGUCUGUCGCAUAUCUCGCCAAGCCUGACCUGUCCAGGUGUCCAGCCCAGAUGGCAGCUGACUUCCUCUGCCCAGAGCUCUAUACUACAGCCUGGGCACACGCAGCAGCCAGGCUCAUUAAGGAUGCAGUGCACCAUGUACGGACCCUCGAGCAAUCUGGGGUGGAACAGCAUGAGGCUUGGAACCAGACCACUAUCAUACAACUCCAGGCUGCUAAGGCACACUGCUACUACAUCACCGUGAAGAGUUUUAAGGAAGCUCUGGAGAAACUAGACAAUGAACCAGCGAUUCAGCAGGUGCUCAAACGCCUCUGUGACCUCUGUGCCUUACACGGUAUUUUGACUCACUCAGGCGACUUUCUCCAUGAUGGCUUCCUGUCUGGGGCCCAAGUAGACAUGGCGAGAACAGCCUACCUGGACCUGCUCUCCUUGAUCCGGAAGGAUGCUAUCUUGUUAACUGAUGCUUUUGACUUCACGGAUCAGUGUUUAAAUUCGGCACUUGGCUGUUAUGAUGGAAAUGUCUAUGAACGUCUGUUCCAGUGGGCUCAGAAGGCACCAGUCAAUACUCAGGAGAACUCUGCCUAUGAAAAAUACAUCCGACCACUGCUACAAAGAUCCAAUCUGUGA